AAUGUUUAUUUGUGCUUGUUUUUGACAAAUUUUUGUUGGAACUCUUAUCAGUGCAGAGGGGACAUGGGUUUCGGGCGUUGAAGCGGAUUAUCUUGAGCGUAGCCCCAUUACGAACUGCUGCGUAGGUGAACGCGAUGUCAAUUACUGUAGAAAUAAAGCUUCGCCGAGCGAACAAAGUUUACUAUGAAGGGGAAACUGUGUCGGGUGUGGUGCAGAUCGUUUGCGGAUCGGAAACGAAGCACGACGGUAUUACGCUCGCCCUGGAAGGUUCGGUGAACCUUCAGAUCAGCAACAAGAACGUGGGAAUCUUCGAAGCACUGUACAACAGUGUCAAGCCGAUCACGCUGCUCAACCAGCACUCGGAUCUGGCACCGUCCGGAAAGCUACCGAUCGGUCCGAGCGAAUUCCCCUUCGAAUUUCCUCUCAUCUGUCCAAAGGAACCAAAAACGCUGUACGAAACGUAUCACGGCGUGUUCGUGAACAUAACGUACAUGUUGCGCUGUGAUAUAAGGCGAAGCUUUCUGGCCAAAAGUGUCCAAAAAACGCAACAAUUCAUCAUCCAGUAUCGACCGAUGGUGGAACAUCCGCCGAAGGAGGUACAAUUUUCGAUCAGCCCGGAUACGUUGCAGAAAACGGCCAAGGAACGGAUUUCCAUUCCACGGUUCUUAAUCUCGGGAACGCUCGAUUCGACCGACUGUUGCGUGACGAAACCGUUCACCGGAAGCGUAACGGUGCACCAUACGGAGGUGGCAAUCAAGUCGAUCGAAAUACAGCUGGUGCGGGUGGAAACGUGCGGGUGUGCCGAGGGUUAUUCGCGCGACGCAACCGAAAUCCAGAACAUCCAGAUUGCGGACGGGAACGUUUGCCCGAAGUUGGCGAUACCGAUCUACAUGACGCUGCCAAGGCUGUUCACGUGUCCGACGUUGAUAACGAAGAAUUUUAAAGUCGAAUUUGAGGUGAAUCUCGUAAUAAUCUUCGGUGAUGAUUAUCUGGUGACAGAAAACUUUCAAAUAUUCCUGAACAGAACGGCGUAAAUGUAGUAAGUCUUUCCAUCCCCUCCACCUCAUUCCAACUACGCGGUUAAUAUUCGAAAGCAAUAAAAACGCCACCAAAAGGAACAGA